UGAGAAGGCAGUUGGAUCGGAACACGUGUAGGGGAGAUGCUGUCAGCUCAUGUUUUUCGGACGGUCCCGUCUGUCAGCAUCUCCUCCUCGGCCUGCAGCGAUCCUCCUCCCACUCUCAAGUCUAUAAAAUAACAAGCGCUUUUGAAUCCGUCCAACUUCUCUUCUUCUUCUUCACUCUCCCUCCUCCCUCGAUGUUUCCGCGUCUCCUCCCCGCUCGCUCCAACCCUAACCCUAAUUCUCUCAAACCCUAGCCCCAUGGUCGAUCCCUCCUCCCCUUCCCCGCGAUCCGAACCAUAACCCUAGUUCCAUGGACCCUCGCCCCGCGGCGGAGGAGGAGGGCGCGGAGGCCGCCGCCCUCUUCCGCCGCCUCUCGAUCGGCGGCGGAGGGGGCGGCAACUCCUCGGCGGCGGCGGCGUCGGCGGCGUGGCUCGAGAUACGGCUCUUCUACGUCCGCGUGGCGCCGUGCGCCGUCGAGGCGGCGCCGCCGCGGCUCACGCUCGCGCACCUCCGCCGCGAGGCCGGGGCGGCGCUCGAGAUCAACGGCGCCCGCGUCCCCGCCGCCGAGCGGACCGCCGUCGCCCUCCGCCGCGACCGGCUCGACCGCGCCGGCGCCGGGGCCACCUACGUGGGCACCGACGGCGUCCGCCUCGCCGGCGCCGCGCUCGAGUUCGAGGUCUCCGACGACCGCGGCAACCUCAUCCUCUGCGGCGCCCUCGAGCGCGUCGAGGCGCCGUGGAGCAACGGCGCCAUCGGGUUCCCCGAUCACCUCCCCUGCUCCUCCGAUCGCGACCCGAGGACCGGGUGGAGCAUGGAUUGCUACUCCGCCGCGUCGAUCGCCUCGUCGGCGUUCGCGCAGCCCAAGCUCGGGAUAUCGUCCCCCUCGAUCGAGGUCUAUGUCGCCGGGUGCUUCGCGGGGGUGCCGUUGAUCCUCUCGCAGACCAUCCAGCUCAGCCCCAGGCGGAAGCCCGUGCGCCCCGGAGGGCUCGACUCGAUUCCGGAGGACGAGGACACGUCGGGGAGGGGGCAGAGUAGCAGCGAGAGUUCGAUCCCCCGAAGAGCAUCCUCGGCUGUCGGCGAAGAGGAAGAAGAAAAUGAGUAUGAUCCUGAGAUGAAGGUCGGUCACAACUACUAUCCCGACGGCUGGUACACGGACGAAGAUGGUCAGCUGUCCUGGUUUAACGCCGGUGUGAGGGUAGGCGUCGGAAUAGGCUUGGGGAUGUGUGUGGGGAUAGGGAUCGGCGUCGGGCUCCUCAUGCGCUCCUACCAGGCAACCACCAGAAGCUUUAAGAGGCGCUUCUUUUGAACAUCUCGUUUCUCUUCUCCAGCCCUCACUCGCCGAAAUGCUCCAACCAUAAGGUUUGGCCGGAACGGAGAAAUGCAGACCAUGUAUAGUUUACUUCUUGUCGAUAAGACUUCGCUUCUAUAUAUAUAUAUAUAUAUAUAGAGUUGUUCUCUCUCCAUCUCUUUCUCUGCUACAUUGUAACUGUACUUAUCGUAUCGAAGGUGCGCGUCCUUCUGGCCGUGAUGGUUGACAUUAAAAGGGGGCUAACUCUGAGCUGGGCCUGGGAUGUGGUUUUCGAGGUUUUCGGGGCCUCUCGGAAUAAAAGAAUGCUAUACAUAAAUCUUGUAGGUCCUGUAUGGUGCAAGAACUUUGCUUGUGCUGCUAUUUUUUUUUUUUUAAUUUAAAUCUUCUCUGUAUAUAAUCUGUGUUAAGUGGUGUCUUGAAACUCUUUUUUCCCCAACUAUUUGCAUUGAUUUAUGUUUA